AAUGGAUAUAGAUGUCUCUUCCAAUGAUAGAAUUGAGCGGAGGAACCCCGACGGCAGAUAUCCCGACAAACCAAGUGAGGACUACCCCCUGGAAGGCUUUUCAAGCAUCUCUCCCACGAACGAUCGACUCCGGGAGGUGCGCCUAAAUCUAUGCGUCUCCUACGAAUCUCAGUCCGAGCCCAGCGACAUCAUCGACAACCUGAACUGGAAAAUAGUCGACAGAGCCAUUGCUAGAUGGCUCUCGCACUCCAAGGAUGCCAACCGCCGACUCGGCUUUUACCUUUUCCCUCGUUUCACUGGAACUCGGACGCCGAUGAAUGUCUUUCGAUCCAUUCAAGCGACGACGACGAUCGGUCCUCAGAAGUGGGCUCAAAUAACGUUCCUGAACGGAAUGCUUCCUAUGACUCCGAUGAAGAGUUCUGGUGUAACAGUCGUUCCGGAUCUUCGGAAGGUUGUGAAAGACUUUGUGAGAUA